GCCGCCCUCCGCUCUGCGGCUCGGGCCGAGCCGCUGGGGCGGCCCCGGGGCCCGCCGCGAUGUGGCUGGGGCCCGAGGAGGUGCUGCUGGCCGGCGCGCUGUGGGUGACGGAGCGGGCCAACCCCUUCUUCCUGCUCCAGCGCCGGCGGGGACACGGCAAAGGGGGCGGCCUGACGGGUCUUCUUGUGGGAACAUUAGACGUAGUUUUGGAUUCCAGUGCCAGAGUUGCCCCGUACCGUAUCCUGCACCAGACCCAGGACUCUCAGGUGUAUUGGGCAGUGGCAUGUGGAUCAUCUCGUAAGGAGAUCACGAAGCACUGGGAAUGGCUGGAGAAUAACUUACUGCAGACUCUGUCCAUCUUUGAUAAUGAAGAAGAUAUCACCACCUUUGUCAAGGGCAAGAUACAUGGAAUUAUAGCUGAGGAAAACAAGAACCAGCAGCCUCAGAGUGAAGAGGAUCCAGGAAAAUUCAAAGAGGCUGAACUGAAGAUGCGGAAGCAGUUUGGGAUGCCAGAGGUGGAGAAGUUGGUCAAUUACUAUUCUUGCAGCUACUGGAAGGGACGUGUACCCAGGCAGGGCUGGCUGUACCUCACUGUCAAUCACCUCUGUUUCUAUUCCUUUCUGCUGGGCAAAGAGGUGACACUGGUGAUUCAGUGGGUGGAUGUAACCCAGCUAGAAAAAAAUGCUACACUGCUGUUCCCUGAGUGCAUUAAAGUGAGGACAAGGGACAGUGAGCUUUAUUUUUCCAUGUUUCUUAACAUCAAUGAGACCUUCAAGUUGAUGGAGCAGCUGGCUAACAUCGCUAUGCGGCAGCUACUGGAUAACGAGAGCUUCCUACAGGACAAGUCCCUCCCAAAGCCCAGGAAGCCUCUGAAGAACAUCUCUGCACUGAAAAGAGACCUUGAUGCUCGAGCCAAAAAUGAAUGCUACCGUGCCACUUUCCGGCUGCCCAAGGAUGAGUGCCUGGAUGGACACACAGACUGCACGUUGUGGACACCAUUCAACAAGAUGCACAUUCCUGGUCAGAUGUUUGUUUCCAACAAUUACAUCUGCUUUGCCAGCAAGGCUGAGGAGGCCUGUCAUCUCAUCAUUCCUCUCAGGGAGGUGACAAUAGUUGAGAAGGCAGACAGCUCCAGUGUCUUGCCCAGCCCUCUGUCCAUCAGCACUAAAAGUAAAAUGACCUUCUUCUUUGCCAAUCUAAAGGACCGAGAUUUCUUGGUGCAGAGAAUCUCUGACUUCUUGCAGAGAACACCAUCCAAGAAACCAAUCAGCAGCGAGAGGGAAUGGAAGUGGAAUUUGGGUGAUCCUGGAUGUGAGGAAGUUCCAGAGUUGCCUUCCAGCAGCCCUCUUGCAGUUAGCCCCACUUCUGCUCUCAACAAUCGACCUGUCAACUUCUGUGCUGGUGAAGUGCCAACAGCAUCCCAGGGACUGCUCAAACUUUUCAGAAGAAAUUCUGAGGAGCUUUUGGGACCCAAAGGGGCAAAGGAGAAGAUGAAGGAAGAGUCUUGGAACAUUCAUUUCUUUGAAUAUGGGAGAGGGAUGUGUAUGUAUCGCACUACCAAGACCAGGGAGCUGGUGCAGAAAGGAAUCCCAGAGAAUCUUCGUGGAGAACUGUGGCUCCUUUUCUCAGGGGCUUGGAAUGAGAUGGUCACUCAUCCUGGUUACUAUGCAGAUCUUGUGGAAAAGUCAAUGGGAAAGUACAAUCUUGCUACAGAAGAAAUUGAGAGAGAUCUGCACCGUUCUAUGCCAGAACAUCCUGCCUUCCAGAAUGAGCUGGGAAUUGCUGCUCUCCGGAGAGUCUUAACAGCUUAUGCAUUCAGGAAUCCAACAAUUGGAUACUGUCAGGCGAUGAACAUUGUUACAUCAGUGCUGCUGUUAUACUGCAAUGAGGAAGAGGCUUUCUGGCUCCUAGUGGCUUUAUGUGAACGGAUGUUGCCAGAUUACUACAAUACAAGAGUAGUGGGCGCAUUGGUGGACCAGGGCAUCUUUGAAGAACUUACACGAGAGUAUCUUCCACAGCUGUCGGAAAAGAUGCAGGAGCUGGGAGUGAUUUCCACCAUAUCCCUUUCUUGGUUUCUCACACUCUUCCUCAGUGUCAUGCCCUUUGAAAGUGCUGUUGUCAUUGUUGACUGUUUUUUCUAUGAGGGCAUCAAGUUUAUCUUGCAGGUGUCAUUGGCCAUUCUUGAUGCCAACGUAGAGAAGCUGCUGCAGUGCUGUGAUGAAGGUGAAGCAAUGACUAUUCUGGGCAGGUAUUUGGACAACGUAGUUAACAGGCAGAGUGUCUCACCUCCUAUUCCACACCUGCAUGCCUUAUUGACGAGUGGGGAUGACCCACCGCUUGAAAUUGACAUCUUUGACCUCAUCAAAACAUCCUAUGAGAAAUUUAGCAAUUUGAAGGUAGAUGACAUUGAACAAAUGCGUUUUAAGCAAAGGCUGAAGGUGAUCCAGUCUCUGGAGGAUACAGCCAAGAAGAGUGUGGUCCGGGCUGUGUCUAGUGACAUUGGUUUCUCUAUUGAAGAACUAGAAGAGCUAUAUGUGGUGUUCAAGGCAAAGUACCUGAUGAGCUGCUACUGGGGAAAUAAUCGUGCUGCAGCUGCCCGCCGAGAUCAGAGCCUGCCCUACCUGGAGCAGUAUCGCAUAGACAUGGAGCAGUUCAAAGAGCUCUUCAUCACUUUGACCCCCUGGUCCUGUGGUGCACAUACUCCUGUGCUAGCAGGGCGCUUGUUCCGGCUUCUGGAUGAGAACAGGGAUUCUCUCAUUAACUUCAAGGAGUUUGUGACAGGGAUGAGUGGGAUGUACCAUGGUGACCUCACUGAAAAGCUCAAAGUACUUUACAAACUGCAUCUGCCUCCUGCUCUGAAUCCAGAGGAGACGGAGUCUGCUUUGGAGGCCACAAGUUAUUUCACAGAGGAUGUUACAACAGAAGUAUCUCCUUUUGUCUCAGAGCUGGAUUUCUGCCUGCACUGUGAGUCUCAAGAAACCCAAGAAGAGAAAGGAAGGAGAAAUGACAGUGGUCAAGAAAAAGAGGAGAAAGGUACCAGCCCACAGGACUAUAGAUACUACCUAAGAAUGUGGGCCAAGGAAAAAGAGUCCAAGAAGGAAACUAUUAAAGAUCUCCCCAAAAUGAGCCAGGAGCAAUUCAUAGAGUUAUGCAAGACCCUUUACAACAUGUUCAGUGAGGACCCAGUAGAGCAAGAGCUGUACCAUGCUAUUGCCACUGUCGCCAGCCUCCUCCUGCGAAUUGGGGAGGUUGGAAAAAAGUUCUCCAACAGACCCAUAAGGAAGUCUGAGGACUGCAAAACAAACAGUAGCCAAGAUCCUGUGAGUGAAGAGGAGUCACCUACGUCUGAACAGAGUCAGAACUCAACAGUGGAGCAGCAACCCCGAGCUGACUGCGAGGACAAAACCUGCAGAGAUGUUCAGCCUGAAAAAACUGAGCAGGAGAACCAAACUCUAGGAGAUGGUUCAGGGGAAGGACAAGGCUCUCCUUUACAGCUGCUAUCAGAUGAUGAAACCAAAGAUGAUAUGUCCAUGUCUUCCUACUCCAUGGUCAGCACAGGCUCCUUGCAGUGUGAAGACAUUGCAGAUGACACGGUUCUAGUUGGCUGUGAAGGUGGUAGUUCAGCUGCCAGGUACGGCAGUACCAUUGAUACUGACUGGUCCAUUUCCUUUGAGCAGAUCUUGGCCUCCAUGCUGACCGAGACAGCUCUUGUAAACUACUUUGAGAAAAAAGUCAACAUUCUCCAAAAGAUCAAAGAUCAGAAGAAGGUAGAGAGGCAGUUCAGUUCAUCCAGCGACUAUGAGCUUUCUUCUGUGUCAGGGUGAACUCAAAGCAGUCACUGUCUUUGGGAAAUAAAACAGGGAGAUAAUGUGGCAGAUGGCAGGAUGGUUUGGUAUUUUGUGUUCAGGGUUGUUUUUUUGUUUAUUCAGAGACCAUUAACUACACAAUUACAGUAGAUUCCAUUUGGUAAGGGGCAUCAGACAGUGACUGUUCUGUGUAGGUGCUUUUUUUGCUCCUGAGGUUGACAGAAUUAGAUUUACAUUCUCAAGAGCCAUUAGAACCUAAUAGCCCCUGACAUACAGAAUUACCACCAUAAAUUAUGCAUGUCUGACUUCUGCUAUCUUUUAUUUUAAUGAAGUUUUAUUUCAGACAGUAACUGCUCCUUGCCUGCCCUUGUUUGCUGUAGAUUCCUGGGUAAUUUGCACAGCAGAUGCAGCCUGGUGUGAAACCGUGUUCAUCUCUGGCUGCCGAUCUGAGAACUCACCCAGUGUUCUCAAGUGCUAUAGGACCCUGACCUAUAAAUAGUCUCGUAAGUUCUUCAGUGCUGUUCUGUGACUCAGCAGCUACAAUGCAGAUGUGUGCCACUGCUCCCAGCACCCUAAGAUCUAAACACAGACAUUUCUCAGAUCUGCAGGUUUCUUUCAGAUGAGAUUUGCUGUUUUCAUAACACAAACACUUUUCUCCAUCACUCAGGAGACAUUUUUCAGACAAACCUGGUUUUCUAGCUUUUGCAGUUGUUUCUAGUUUCUCUCGGAAGCCACAAGCUCCUUGACUUCAGUGCAGCAGUAAUAUUAGGCCAGUCAAUGGCUUAUGAUGGUUAUAAGAAGGGAGCGUGCUCCUGAACAGUGAAUCAGCCUCAGCAUUACAGAAUAGUGGCACACUGCUCUGCUGGAGUUUCCCUCUUGGUACAGAAUCCAUUUAUUUCCUCGCUAAUUCUCUAUUUUUGCUAACUAGUGAUGGGUCCAAUUUUAAUAAGACCCCUAAGAACGCUCUGCUCAGUCAGCCCUUGUCGGGUCAGGAAGAUGUGUGAGAGUGCUGUGCCACCUGCAGCUUCUCAGUGUGACCUUUCUGAACAUCUCUUGUAUGCAGCGUCCAGCCACGGACGUGCUCUUAGUACUGUGCAUCAGAAGGUAUUUACACAAAACAAGGGAGAAUUCAAAGCACUGUGCUGCUCUGCCAUCAGUCCGUUAUGAGAAACCUGAGCAGAGUAGAUCUCAUUCCAGUUAAAGAGAUGAAAUAACUGGGACAGCGAGUGACUGCUCAGUGAGAAGAGACUAAGAGUCAGCCUUCUGGUGGCAGAGCAUCUGCUCCACGACAAAUGAAUGCUGUUUGAACAGAUAAACUCAUCUCAGUGCACAGGCAUCUGCCUCACAGGGCCGGAGGGGAUGCUGGUGCUCAGCGGGAACGGAUCUGGUGCUGAAGGCAAGGAGUGCUGCAGGAUCGGGCUGGCAUUUGGCACUAAGGGAGGGGAAGGACCCUGCGGUUGGAUGUUCCCAUUAACACUACUCGGUGUGCUCCUCCGUGUGAAUUCCUUUGCAGCAUUAUGUAUUCACAGCUGGUACAUAUUCCUUGGUUUUUUUUUCUGCCUCCUCUGCCUCGUAGCUGGAGAGCGGCCAUUAGUUAAACUGCUUUUACUAAUUAUUCAGUAAUUUAUUGUCCUUUUUUUAAAGUACAGCUACUACAUGUGAUUUUACACUGUCUGUCUGUCUGUCAUGUACUCAAUAAAUGAACCAGAACCAC